AUGAGUUUGCUACAUAAAUAUAUUCAAGUUCAUUUUGUAGAAGAAAAUAUCAAAAAGUUUAUAUUAAUUGAGAAAUCUAAAGAAAAUAUUAAUUGUCAUCCAGAAAUUGUCGAUUUCUAUGAUGUUUUAUCGUCGAUUCAACAAUUUACAACAAAUAAAAAUUUCUCACAUUUUACUGACGCAAGCGGAACUGAAAUUUCAGAAAAUAUCUUGGUUCGGCUUUUAUCACAAUAUAUAUAUUGCGCAAAUUUUGUUUUACAUUAUCAUUGUAAUCCAACUUACGUGUCCACAAAUUCUCACAAUGUAGAAGCUAAAUCUUCUUUAAUAAUUGAUGCAGAGACUUUGAAAAAUUACAUUAUCAAAGAAAAUGGUUCAUGUAUUUUCGAAAAUUAUAAACGCAGCAAUUCGAUAACGGAUAAGAAUAGGAGACACUUAGUAAGGAUCGUGGCUAAAUUUAUUAUGGAAAAAUUUGAAUCUAAAGCAAAUAAAAGAGACAAAACGCACAUUGCUAAGUUACUCGUUGAUAUUUUCCCAUGUUUCAAAGCGAAUACAGUUCAUGGAGGUUCUGAAAUUUUCUACAAUCCUACGAAUAACAGUGGAUUUUUUGUAUCUCAAUUAAAAUUUUUAAACUUUAAAAAAAAACAUUUUAAGGAAAAAAGAAAGAUUGCUGUUUCAGAAAUCGUUGCUGCAAAAUCAAAAAACAAAAAGUUGACCGAAGAAGAUUUGGAAUUUUUUAAAGAAUUCAAUUGGAAACCAAAAUUACCAUUGGAAAAGAAUUUAUUAAUAAAGAAACUUAAAGAGACUGCAAGUGCUCGUAAAGAAUUUUUAAAAGAUGCAAAAGAUGUUUCAAAUCUUUUCCCGUUUUACUUAAAAGAUGCCAAAAUCAUUUUGUUAGAUUUUGAAAUUCUUUAUCCCGAAAUAAAAGAAUCAUUAGAAAAUAAUUGGAAGAAGGUAUCAAAACAAGUUAUGUUAGUACUUCAACAUAAAGGGCUUGAGGAUCAUAAUAUUUCAGAAUGGCAUGAAUCUAUCCAAGAAUUUAUAGCUUUGUUAAAAUGUUUUCCACCACCAGCUGGCAAAACAAUUAAAUCUCGUUCUAAUUUUUGUACAUGUGUUGCCAAAUUCAUACGUUUUUAUGAUUCAAAUGAAGAUAUACAGAAAAUCAUUCCAGAAAAUAAACAACCUGUAAUAAUUGUGACGGGUACAUCAAAAAAAGAUAUAACCAAGUAUUUUAUAAGCGUAGACAAAAAAUUAUUAUCUAUACCAAAUGGUUUCGAUUUUAUAAAAGUUUUUGACAUUUAUUUUAAAAUGUUUUAUGUAUUUAAUAUAGAAUAUGAUAAUGAUUUGAGAAUAUUUAUGCUGUUCUUCCAAAAAUACAUUUAUAAUUUUCCAAAGGUUAAAGAAACACCUCGAUUAAUAGAAAUUUGGAAUAUGUUACAAAAUUUUACAAAUGAAAAUUGUGGUGAAAACUUUGAGACUGUACUCGUAAAUGAGAUCGAUGUCAUGGAAAAUAUUAAAAUUGAAUUUGGUGAAGAAAUGAUGAUAUAA